GGAGACUGACGGCAGCCCGACUCUGGGCACCACAGCGGACAGCCCGCGACACCGCGAAGACCUACACCGCGACGCCUGACACCGCGAAGCCCGCGACUCACCACCAUGGCGUCCGUCACCAGCCUCGACCAGGACAUGAAGAGCCUCCGCCUGGGCCGCUACACCCCGCAGGCGGCCGCCGAGCUGCGCGCAUGGAUUGAGGCCGCGCUGGGCGAGCCGCUGCCGGCGGGCGACCUGUUGGACGCGCUGAAGGACGGGACGGCGCUGUGCAGGCUGGCCAACCUGGCGCUGCCCGCGCCCGUCCGCUUCAAGCGGUCGGCCAUGCCCUUCAUCCAGAUGGAGAACAUUGCCCACUUCCUCAAGGCCUGCGAGCUGCCGCCGCUCUCGCUGCCGUCGCACGACCGCUUCCUGACCGUCGACCUCUACGAGAGCAAAGACCCGGCCCAGGUCCUGCAGUGCCUGGCCGCCUUCUCACGCGCCGCCCACCGCCUCAAUCCCGCCGCCUUCGCCACCAGCAUCGGCCCCAAGCGCGCCGCCGGCAGCCCGACGACGCCCGCCCGCCCCGACUUUAGCCGCAGCGUUGGCUCGUCGACCUUCAACCCGCUGAAGCCGCCGCACGCCCGCCCGCCGCCGCUGAGCCCCGCCCGCACCGGCGGCAGCACUGCCUCGCGCACCUCGACUGGCACGCCCGCCUCGCCGCCCGCCGGCGUCACCAGCUGGAGCAAGAAGGCCGACCAGGGCGUGACCUCGCCGGCCUGGAACAUCCACCAGUACGGCUACAUGGGCGGCGCGAGCCAGGGCAACCAGGGCAUUGCCUUUGGCGCCCGCCGCCAGAUCACCACCGCCGGGCCCCACGUCCCUAACAUGGCCGAGAAAGAGCGCCAGCGCAAGGCCAAGGCCGAGGAGGAGGAGCGGCUGCGCGUGGCCGCCGAGGAGGCCGAGACGCACCGCCGCGUCGAGCGCGAGGCCGAGGAAGAGCGCCAGCGCGCUGAGGAGGAGCGGCUGUGGGAGGAGGAGUCGCGCAAGCAGCGCGAGGCCAAGGAGCGCCGUCUCGAGGAGCAGAAGCGCAGCUGGGAGGAGCAGGAGCGCCAGUGGAAGUCGCAGGAAGAGGCACGCCAAAAGGAGGAGCGCGAAGCCCAAGCCGCCGCCGAGCAGGAGGCACGUCGCAAGCGCGCCGGCAGCGAUGCCCGCCUACGUGGUCAGUUCCUGUCGCAGUACCAGGCUGAGCAGCGCAGCCGCCCGAGCAGCCAGGCCGACGACCACAGUGACCGCAUUGUCGAGCUCGAGCGCCAACUCGAGGAGGCCAAGGAGCGCGAGCGCCAGUACCAGGCCGAGCGUGAGAACCGCAAGCAGCGUACCCGCUCCAAGUCGCGCAGCCGUCCAGAACCCCCGCCGCGCGCGCCCUCACCGCAGGAGAGCAAUGUCUCGUGGGCUCAGGCUGACGACCGCGCCUAUCUGCGCGACGCCUGGGAAGCCAACCAUCGCGAGCCUGCCCGCCCGCUCCCCGAAACCUUCUCCUCAUCUACGUCAUCCACCUCCUCGCGCCCGCUCCCCGACCCCGCCGCCUAUAUGAAAGCUUCGCAACCUCCCCCCAGCAGAACCGACCGCUUUCUCUCCUCGAAUCCGGCCCCUGUGCCCGCCAAACCCACCACCUUCACCCCGCAGGAGUCCACCAGCACCAACGAGCAGCGCGCCGAAGACGCCCGCCGCGCCGCCCGCCAACAGUCCACCAAAGAUGCCGGCUGGGCCAGCAAGUCGCUCCUCGAGCGCGAAAUGGAGCGCGAGCGCGAGCGCCAGCGCGAGUGGGAGACCGCCCAGCGCGAGAUCGCCGAAGCAGCCGUCGACCCCACGGCAGGGCCCAAGGAAGGGCAGAGCUGGGAUGUUAAUCAGUACGGGUACAUGGGUGGCGAUUCGCAGAACAGGGGCGGUAUCAGCUUCGGAGGCAAGAGGCAGAUUCUGGGGCCGCGGCCGUUUGGGCCACGGUAGACGUGCUUUUACUAAGAGAGAGAGUAUUGGGAGGUGCAGUUGUUGCAGACGGUUGGCGGAUUGGCGGUAGACUUUGCGAAAACGAGUUUCACCCACUGCGAACGGUCGACGGUGCUGUGCGUUGCAGAACCAACGUGCCAGCA